ACAAAAAAAGAAAUCAAGCAAGCUAUGGGGAGAUCCAUGAUUUCUUAUGACGACUUUUCUUCAGAGCAUCAAUCAACCAAGGAAUUCACACAAGAAAUUGACGAAGUUUCCAUUGAAUCUGGAAACGGUUUCUUCACCAAUGGUACCGACGACAGUCUCUGGAGCGAGAUCAAUCUCCAGCACCAACUGCAGACGAAGAAGAAGAAGAAUCAAGUUCUUCUCGAAGGCUAUGUCGAAUCAGCUGACGAAGACGAUCUAUCGAGGACCAAGAGUCUAACUGAUGACGAUUUGGAAGAGUUGAAAGGAUGUUUAGAUCUAGGAUUCGGUUUCAGUUACGAAGAAAUUCCAGAACUCUGUAACACCUUACCUGCGCUUGAGCUUUGUUAUUCCGUUACACAGAGGUUCCUCGAUGAACAACAGAGAUCGCCGGAAUCAUCUUCGCCUCGUGCAGCCGAGACUAGUUCGUCUGGACCGAUUGCCAAUUGGAAGAUUUCUAGUCCUGGUGAUGAUCCACAAGAUGUGAAAGCUAGGUUGAAAUAUUGGGCACAGGCUGUGGCAUGUACUGUGAGAUUAUGCAAUUAGGGAGAUAGGGAGGAAGUUUCAUUUUUGGAAAUGUAUAAUAAUCCCAUGGUUGUUGUUCUUCUUCUUCUGCUGCCUAAUUUGGGGAUUCUGGCUUGGACAUGGAUGUUUGUGGUUGAAUAAUGAUUGAAUGUGAUUGAAGAUGACAGAAAAGAAGAAGAAGAAGGAAUGGUGAUUGAUUGAUGAUGAUGAUGAUGAUCCUUAUUUAACAAACAAAUUUUUGUUUGACUUUAGUCACUUUAAGAGGCUGAUCAUAUGUUUGUGACUAAUUGUGUACAUAUUGAAAUAAUGUUAGCAUUAUUGAUUUCUAAUAAAUAAUAUAUUUGUAUUA